CCUAUAAAUAGCGCCUCCCUCUUCCUCCUCCACCUCCCACACAUCUCGCAGCCCGCCGGGGAAACAGGAAGCACGAGCAGCAUAUGUCACAGAGGCCCAGCGUCCCACACUCCGCCUCCAUAGCCUUCGCCCUCCAUUCCCACCUCCUCGUUUCCAGUGACAUGUGCCCAAGCUCCUACUGGGAAUAGCCCCUCGCCCAAAUCAGCCAUCUUUCCUUGAUUUGAUUUUAGCACUAGUACAUAUUAAGCUUUCUUUUCUUUGUCGGUUCUACUUUCCGGAUCUUUUUGGAUCUCGAUUCCGUCCAUCCAUCUGAGGAGGGGAAGGAAGAAGCUCGCAAGCAACCAACAUGGGCGCCAAGGGAUUCGUCGAGGGCGGCAUCGCCUCAAUCGUCGCCGGCUGCUCAACCCACCCGCUCGACCUCAUCAAGGUCCGGAUGCAGCUGCAAGGGGAGGCCUCCGCCGCCGCCACCGCCGCCGCGCCACAAGCCGCUCUCCGCCCGGCGCUCGCCUUCCAGUCGGGGACGCACACCGUCUCCCUCCCGGCACCUACGCCAAAGCCCGGGCCGAUCUCCGUCGGCGCGCAGAUCCUGCGCGCGGAGGGCGCCGCGGGCCUCUUCUCGGGCAUCUCCGCAACGGUCCUCCGCCAGACGCUCUACUCCACCACGCGGAUGGGGCUCUACGACAUCCUCAAGAAGCGGUGGACGCAGGAGAACGCCGGCGUGCUCCCCCUCCACCGCAAGAUCGCCGCCGGCCUCAUAGCCGGCGGCGUCGGCGCGGCGGUCGGCAACCCGGCCGACCUGGCCAUGGUGCGGAUGCAGGCGGACGGGCGCCUCCCGCUCGCCGACCGCCGCAACUACCGCAGCGUCGGCGACGCCAUCGCGCGCAUGACGCGCGACGAGGGCGUGCGCAGCCUCUGGCGCGGCUCCUCGCUCACCGUCAACCGCGCCAUGAUCGUCACCGCCUCGCAGCUCGCCACCUACGACCAGGCCAAGGAGGCCAUCCUGGCCCGCCGCGGCCCCGGCGCCGACGGCCUCGGCACGCACGUCGCCGCCAGCUUCGCGGCCGGGAUCGUGGCGGCUGCAGCGUCGAACCCAGUCGACGUGGUCAAGACCAGGGUCAUGAACAUGAAGGUCGCCCCCGGCGCGCCACCGCCGUACGCCGGCGCCGUCGACUGCGCGCUCAAGACGGUGCGGUCCGAGGGCGUCAUGGCGCUCUACAAGGGCUUCAUCCCCACCGUGUCGCGACAGGGCCCCUUCACCGUCGUGCUCUUCGUCACGCUCGAGCAGGUGCGCAAGGUCUUCAAGGACGUUGACUUCUAAUCAGGAUUUUCAUUCACCGAGGCCACGGCCACGGCCACCAUUGAUGAUGACGAAAACAAGCUUCUUCAUGCUGCUGCCUGCUGGUAUCUCAAUAAUUUUUACAGUAUUACCCGAGCCCCGCCCGGGGGCUCGGUUUAGCCGGAGAUUGUACCACCUUGCAUCCCCUUGUCAGCCUCAGUUCCUGCAUCCCAUUGUAUUCGGAUGGAUUCGAUCGAUUUCUAAUCAAUUUUUCAUUUU